AUGGAUGAAAAUACCUAUGUAGAAUUGUUAGAAAUGGUUACUCCAUUAAUAAAACGUCAGGACACAGUUAUGAGACCUGCAAUAAGUGCACAUGAACGGUUAACCGCAACCCUUCGAUAUUUAGCGACUGGACGUAAUUAUCACGACUUAAGAUUUUCCACGAUAAUAUCUCCGCAAGCCUUGAGCGAAAUAAUUCCUGAAACAUGUUCAGCCAUAUACCAAGUACUAAAGGAAAAAUAUAUGAAGUUUCCUACAACACAAAGCGAAUGCAAAAGUAUCUCCGAAGGCUUUGAAGAAGUAUGCAACUUUCCUAAUUGUGUUGGAGCCGUAGAUGGCAAGCAUAUUCAAAUCAAACCACCACCGGGUAGUCGAGCAUUUUAUUACAAUUACAAGGGUUAUAACAGUUUAGUUCUCAUGGCCAUAUGUAAUGCAAAUGAUGAAUUUAUAAUGUGUCAUUUUGGUACCAAUGGUCGAAUAUCGGAUGGAGGAGUCAUAGCAUGCACUCGUUUCUACACAAAAUUAAUAAAUAAAACAUUAGAGCUGCCACCUGCAAUAUGCCCACGAAACAGUAACAGGCAGCUACCAUUUAUAUUCAUUGGAGAUGAAGCAUUUGCAUUACGAGGUGAUUUUUUAAAACCUUAUGGUCAAAACGACCUGAAUCAUGAUCGAAAAAUUUUUAAUUACUGCUUAUCAAGGGCACGAUGCAAAAUUGAAAACUCAUUUGGCAUACUAUCAGCAAGAUUUCAAAUCAAGAAAAUCAUACAGAGCGAACGGUGCAAAUGGGGCUUAGAGCAAAUCCUGAGCAACUAG